GAACACGCCCGGCCCUGGCGCCUCCGACAACCCCCCAUGAGCCUCCCGGCUGCCCUCCUGGCCGCGGCCCUGGCCGCCCUGCUCGCCCCGGGGGCCGGGGCGCCCGUGGGCCGGCAGGGCGCCCGGCACAAGCUGCUCCUGGUGUCCUUUGACGGCUUCCGCUGGGACUACGACCAGGACGUGGACACCCCCAACCUGGACGCUAUGGCUCUGGACGGCGUGAAGGCGCGCCACAUGACGCCCCCCUUCGUCACCAUGACCAGCCCCUGCCACUUCACCCUGGUCACCGGCAAGUACAUCGAGAACCACGGGGUGGUGCACAACAUGUUCUAUAACACCAGCAGCAAGCUCAAGCUGCCCUACCACGCCACGCUGGGCGUCCAGCGCUGGUGGGACAACGGCAGCGUGCCCAUCUGGAUCACCGCCCAGAGGCAGGGCCUGAAGGCCGGCUCCUUCUUCUUCCCCGGCGGCAACGUCACCUACCAAGGCACGGCCGUGACGCUGAGCCGCAAGGAAGGCAUCCUGCACAACUACAAGGACGAGGCGGAGUGGAGGGCCAACGUGGACACGGUGAUGCGCUGGUUCACGCAGGACGGCCUGGACCUGGUCACGCUCUACUUCGGGGAGCCCGACUCCACGGGCCACAAGUUCGGGCCCGAGUCCCCGCAGAGGAAGGCCAUGGUGCAGCAGGUGGACAGGACGGUGGGCUACCUGCGCGACAGCAUCCGGCGCAGCGGCCUGGAGCGCAGCCUCAACCUCAUCAUCACGUCCGACCACGGCAUGACCACCGUGCACAAGAAGGCCGGCGACCUGGUGGAGUUCCACAAGUUCCCCAACUUCACCUUCAAGGACAUCGAGUUCGAGCUCCUGGACUACGGGCCCAACGGGAUGCUGCUCCCCAAGGAGGGGCGGCUGGAGAAGGUGUACGAGGCGCUCAAGGACGCGCACCCCAAACUCCACGUCUACAAGAAGGAGGACUUCCCCAAGUCCUUCCACUACGCCAACCACCCCCGGAUCACGCCCCUGCUCAUGUACAGUGACCCUGGCUACGUCAUCCACGGGAGGGUGAACGUGCAGUUCAACAACGGGGAGCACGGCUUCGACAACGGGGUCCUGGACAUGAAGACCAUCUUCCGGGCGGUGGGCCCCAGCUUCCGGCGGGGCCUGGAGGUGGAGCCCUUCGAGAGCGUCCACGUGUACGAGCUGCUGUGCCAGCUGCUGCGCAUCGUGCCCGAGGCCAACGACGGGGACCCCCGCGCCCUGCUGCCCAUGCUCAUGCCCGAGGGCGACGGCGGCCCCAGCACCCCGUCCACCACCACCCACUCAGGGUCUGCCCCCCUGGCUGGCGGCUGCCCCGCCCUGAUGACAGGCCUGCUGGUGGCUGCAGUUCUCCUGGCCAAGGUCGCAUAAUGCCCAUCGCUCAAGGAGCCUCCGCAGCUGCCCUGGUGAUGCCGGACGCCGUGGACUGCCUGCCCAGCUGUCCAGAGAUGGCGCCCGCGGGCCUCAGUGUCCCCUCAGCCCCGGCCCAUGCUCCGUUAUGGCGCUGGCAGUCCGGCCCCUGCCCAGGCUUAGGUUCUGCGAACACACAGGCCCAGACGGCACCUGGCACUUCCCUCCUCCCUUCUCCCUCCUCCCUCCUCCCUCUGCGGGGCCUGUCCCUGAAGCGGUGCCUCCAUCUGUAGCCACACGAGGGCGCGCGGGAGCCCGCUCGGGAAGGUAUCACGGGCAGGAGGGUCGCGCUGGACCCUGUCCUGGACCACAGACCGGACCGUGGCCUCCAGCCCCGGAGGGGGCCAGGCAGGCAGCCGGAAGCUUUGCCCCUCGAACUCCCGGCCUCGGGCCCGUCCCCGUCGGGGCUGGCCAGCUGCUGCUCCCGGGCGCAGUCACAGGAGGACGCUGCGCCCCAGAAAGCGCCCAUGGGAUAAGGACACGCCUGCGCCUUAGGAGGCACCGGGCCAGCGUGGGUGCGGCUCCCUCCCGAAGCCUGCCGCUGCCGGGGGGAAUAAACGCCUGGUCCUCAGGACAUCACAGCGCGGCACCAUUCAUUCCGGUGGACGCCAGGGACAGGUGGUGGCGGCGUGGGCCGCACGUGAAA